AUGCCGGGCAACACCGGUCUGGGCAGCGCGGCGGGAGCGGGCAGCCCCUGUGAAAAGGCCUGCAACCCCCGGAGGUGCAGCGGGGCCCACGCCGGGCUGGCCCACCCCCCCGCCGCUAUGGCCGACUCGCCUUUCCGACUGCCCCGCACCUGGUGGCAGGCAGCCCAGGACGCCCCCCGCGAGACCAUCCGGCUGGACCUGGAAACCGCCUUCUACUUCACCCACUUGAUCUUGGUCUUCAAGUCGCCCCGGCCGGCCGCCAUGGUGCUGGAGCGCUCCCAGGACUUCGGCGAGACGUGGAAGCCUUACAAAUACUUUGCUGUUAACUGCUCAGCCACCUUUGGGCUGGAGGAUGAUGUGAGGCAGAGAGGAGCCAUUUGCACUUCCAGAUAUUCAAGUCCCUUCCCCUGCACCGGAGGAGAGGUGAUAUACCGAGCCCUGUCACCGCCUUACGCCGCGGAGAAUCCCUACAGCACAGAAGCCCAAGCGCAGCUGAAGAUCACCAACCUGCGGGUGCGGCUGCUGGAGAGGCAGGGCUGCCCCUGCCUCCCGGCCACCCCGGCCCCGCAGCCUCCGCAGCCCCCGCCACCCCUGAACUACGCAGUCUAUGACUUCAUCGUCAAGGGCAGCUGCUUCUGCAAUGGCCACGCUGACCACUGCGUCCCUGUUGCUGGAUUCAAGCCCGUGAAGGCAGCUGGCGUUUUCCACGUGGUCCAUGGGAAGUGCAUGUGCAAGCACAACACAGCAGGGUCCCACUGCCAGCACUGUGCCCCGCUCUACAAUGACCAACCUUGGCAGGCUGCCGACGGCAAAACCGGAGCCCCCAGAGAGUGUCAGUCGUGCAAGUGUAAUGGGCAUGCCGACACUUGUCAUUUUGACAUGGAUGCGUGGCUGGCAUCGGGCAAUCGCAGCGGCGGUGUCUGUGAUAACUGUCAGCAUAACACGGAAGGGCAGCACUGCCAGCGCUGCAAGCCGGGCUUCUACCGGGACCUCAGGAAGCCCUUCUCUGCCCCAGACGCCUGCAAACCCUGCUCCUGCCACCCCCUGGGAUCAGCCAUGCUACCCUUGGGCCCCCGCACCUUCUGCGACCCCAGCACCGGCGACUGCCCCUGCAAGCCCGGCGUGGCGGGGCCCCGCUGCGACCACUGCCUCCCCGGCUACUGGGGAUUCGGUGCCUACGGCUGCCGCCCCUGCGACUGCGCCCGCAGCUGUGACCCCCGCACCGGUGACUGCCGCAGCAGCAGCUCUGAUGUGACCUGGCACCAUGAAGCACCUCCUUUCCAGGCAGUGUUCAACGACAGCGAGCCUGCCUGGGGCUGGGAGGAUGAGCAGGGCUUCUCGGCGCUCCGGCACUCCGGUAAAUGCGAAUGUAAAGAGCAAGUUUUAGGGAAUCCCAAGGUCUUCUGUGGGAUGAAGUACACCUACGUGAUCAAGACAAAGAUCUUGUCAGCUCAUGACAAAGGCUCCCAUGCAGAAGUCAAUGUGAAGAUCAAGAAAGUCUUGAAAUCUACAAAGCUGAAGAUCCUCCGGGGCAAGAGGACGCUCUACCCUGAAUCCUGGACUAACAGAGGCUGCACUUGUCCCAUCCUCAAUCCUGGCUUGGAGUACCUCGUGGCAGGACACGAGGAUGUCCGAACGGGCAGACUCAUCGUCAACAUGAAGAGUUUUGUCCAUCAGUGGAAGUCGGCUCUCAGAAGAAAGGUCCUGGAGAUUUUGAAAAGAGACUGCAACUAG